GGAUAGUGAGUUGGCUCCUCGACUAAAGUCACCAACUCCCUACCUUCAAUCAAGGAUACUCUAUUAACCUAGGCAGAUAUUCUCAUUCUAGGUCAAAGCAGAAACAACAGGAAUUUGAUCAGGAUUCAAGUCAUUCAAUCAUUAAAACCUCAAUCGAAUAUAAUCAAUCACAGAAUCAGUACUUGGGUUCAUACAAUCAAAGCCUAACAUACAAAUCUAGGGUUCUCCAUACCCAGAUGAAUGGGAGGACUACUCCAUGGAGAAGAAAGCAAAAGCAGAAACAGACACGGAAUUCAUACUGCGAAGGACGGAUUCCGGCUCCUGGACGUUAAUCGGCACUUCUACAAGCUCAAACUGGCCUCCAAUGGUGUUGAAGAUCAAUCUAGGGCACUUGGGAACUCUUGCUCGUCACUUUCUCUCUCUAGGAACUGAUCUCUCUCUCAAAAACCCGAAUCCCCCUGAAUUGUGGCUGAAAUUCUGCUUAAAAGGAGAAAAUCCCGACUCACACGGCCAGGGUGGCACGGCCGUGCAGCUCACCCAGUUGCCCGUGUGAGUCAAAACGCAUCGUUUCAUUUAGUUCGAAUACCAGGCUCUUUGCACGGCCAGAAUGGCACGGCCGUGUGGACAUCCCCUCUUGCCCGUGUUUGCUCUCGCAGAAUAUGGCACGGCCAACCCGGCCACUCGCACGGCCGUGUCGAUCCUCUGCUCUGCCCGUGCGUGCUCUCGGCAAAACUCGCACGGCCAGGCCAUUACUUCACACGGCCGUGUGAACAUCAGGGCAGCCCGUGUGACCUCCUUUUUGACUUGUCUCGCACCUGAUCUUUACCCAAUCGACCCCGAACUCGCUCCUAAACCUUCAUUCACUUGCCAGGACCUGAAAUAUCACAAACAAGCACAACCUAGCGUGAAAUCGGUCUAAAACACGAGAAACCACCUCUCAAACGGUGUAAGAACAGGGGUGAAAACAUGUGUAACUAACGGUCUAUCACUCUCGGUAGCCCUAGUCAAGAACUUCUCAAACAAUAAAUGAUGUUCACUAGAAGCCCUAGCAAAUAAGAGUACUACAAGUGUUAACAUGACCAUUCAAGGUCCAUAAUAACUUCCUGCAUGAUCGGGCCUAGUUCUCGCCUUUUUUCUCUUUUGUUUUUUUAUAUUUUCUAGAACGACUUUUCCAACAGAUGAAUGUUACAAUAAAGAACAAAACUUAACACAAGAACUGAAAUUUAACCUUUUUCGCCCUGCGGUUAAGAACACAAUAUCUUAUUCAUCUGAUUCUCGCACAAGAAAGGAGGAUAUGUGUGUCACUAUGUUGAAUCAGAGCUCUGAUACCACAUGAUAUAAGCCAAGGCUCUAACUCCUAGACUUAAACAAUUAGAAACACAACAAAGAUCGAUUAAAAGCAAAAUGAACACAAAACAGAUAAUAACUCAAACCUAAUCCACACGUCAGGAAGAGGGCCAGGCAUACGAAGGAAUAUUAGGCUAGGGUGAUGAGCUAGCAGACAACGUCGGGUUCUUCUUUCUAAAUCGAUUCCAUGAUCAAGAAAGAAGAAGAAGAGAAGUUGGUGUUUGAACAUCCAAUUCUUGGGUUUGUAUUUCUGAAUAAAAUCGUUGAUUGCCUUCUAAAAGACUUAGUUCGGGCCCUUAGAUAGGCUAAAAAGGUUUUGGGUCAAAAAUAACAAGGAAACUCGAGUUUUGGAGUAAAAGUCACAUAAUCCGCAAAGCAAACAAAAAACAAUUCGUCUACAGCCUAGGGAAAAAUACCCUAUCGUGACUCAAACACUUAUCGUCCCAUGAACAAGUCAGCCUCAACACCGGGUAUUUGCCUAAAACAGCCCCAACACCAAUGAUCAUCCCUUAUCAUCCCACGAACAAGUCAGCCUCCAUUUUGGUGAAGUUCUAGGCCAAAUAAGCUUGAAGACACCCCUUGAAUGCCUUCUUAAACCUCUAAAACCUUCAUCUUCGGACUACGAUCAUUGUAUGUUCUUCGAACUCGAUGGACAUCUUGUGAGGCGAUCCAGGUUGCAUCAACAUCAUUCGCUCUUAACAUUAAUAUGUUGACAUAUUGGGGUCCCUAUAAUAUUACACAAAAUUUACUUACAAAUCUCAUGAUCGUACUCAGAAACAAAAUAAAGCGCCAAAAUAUAGCAGAGAAACACACAUGAACCAAAUAGUGAGCUAAACAGAUGAUAACUGAUAACUGGCUAACACUCCCAAGCAAAAUUCUGAAUUGGAUCCCGAAUUCCGCGGUAAAAAGUACGACACCAAUAACACGCUCUAUGACUCGUCCAUGUGGAAUUGAUGUGGCAAGCUAGGUUGGUUUAAUGAACAUAGUCUGAAAUC